GUUGACCUUGAUGCUAUAUAUACGCGGAAUCACCGCAAUGUAGAUUAGUAUGUCCGAGUUAGUUGCGGCUAUCUUCUCCAACAUGGCGGCUUUCUUGAAACACCUGUUCCUUCUGACCCUGUCGGCAGCGAGUAUUUCAGUCGUCUUCAGCUGCCCGAACGGCUUUGUCCGCCAUGAUGACUCCUGCUACAAAGUGUUCCCUGAGAAGGCCACCUGGCCGGAAGCUGAGGCGUACUGCAAAGACUUCGGGCUGAGCCUGGCCAAGGUAGAGAGUCAGAGGGAACACGACUUCCUGAAAGGCUACGUCACGUCCCUCAAAGCGUUGUACCCAGGAAAUGUGGACUUCUGGCUGGACGGGACGAACAUGCUGUCAGGGGACUGGAUAUGGGCGUCAACAGGACAGCCAAUCACGCAGUUUUUCUGGCACCAGGGGGAACCUAACAACCUAUCCCCCGGGGAACGCUGUCUAUCCAUGCACGCCGACUACUCGUGGGAUGACGAGCACUGCAGCUAUUCAGAAGCCUUUAUCUGCGAAGUCGACGCUGGAGUCAACCCGGGAGGACUGUUCGGCUGAAGGACAUACGAACACGAAGACGGCUGCCUGUCUCUAUUUCUCAAAUAAAACAUAUAGCAUCCUUA